CAAAACGCUGUCCUCAGAUUCAUUAAUUAGCCCCUGCAAGUCCUCCUCAACCAUGGUGAAGGGCGAGGUGAAGGUCGCGUACCAGGGCAUGCCUGGCGCCUACUCUGAGAAGGCGACGCGGCAGUUGCUCGGAUCAUCAACCAACGUCGUGGCCGUGGGGUAUCCGUCCUUCGAGGAGGCGUUCCUGGCUGUAGAGCGCGAGGAAGCCGAGUUUGGCGUGCUGCCCAUCGAGAACUCUCUAGGCGGCAGUAUCCACGCCAACUACGACCUGCUGCUCAAGUUCGACCUUCAUAUUGUGGGCGAAUACGAUCUGCGCGUGGAGCACUCGCUGCUGGCCCUACCAGGCGUGAAGAAGAGCGACAUCAAGACGGUCAUCAGCCACCCGCAGGCGCUGGCCCAGUGCGCCAAUACCAUCGCAUCCAUGGGUGCCAAGCCGCGCGCCGAGUACGACACGGCCGGCAGCGCCAAGAUGCUGGCCGACAACCAAUGGAAAGACACGGCCGCCGUGGCCAGCGACCUGGCAGCCGAAUACUACGGCCUGCAGGUGCUACAGCGGAACAUUGAAGACGACGCCGGCAAUUUCACCCGCUUCCUGCUGCUGAGUAGGAAGGGCCUAGAUGCCAAGGCGGACACGGAAUUCAAGACAUCACUCGUCUUCUCCUUCAUGGACAGCAAUGAGAAGGGCCAGCUGUACAAGGCGCUGUCGGCCUUCUCACUGCGAGACAUUGACAUGUCCAAGAUCGAGAGUAGACCCUGGGGACACACGGCCGAGCAGCAGUACCAAGAUUCUGUACAGUCCGAGGACUUUUCACUGUCGGCCGAGAGCGUCCGCAGGAAGUACAGCUACCUGUUCUACGUGGAUCUCAUUGGCCACCAGACAGACGAGAACAUCAUCAAUGCGCUGCGUCACUUGCGCGAGUUCUGUAAGUUUGUACGCGUGCUGGGCUCAUAUCCGACCAAGGGAAAGUUACUGGGAGACGUACGCAAAACACUGGAAGCCGUCGGUGCGUACCAGGCCAACCCGAUCACGGCCUCGCCGGCCAUUGCGCCGCAACCCAAGGCCGAGCGUUUGAAUAUCGGUAUCUACGGCUUCGGUAACUUCGGCCAGUUCCUGGCCAAGACGAUGGCCAAGACGCAUGAGGUGCGGGCCACCUCCAGGACGGACUAUUCUACUGUGGCCACCGAGCUGGGAUGCAAGUAUUACUCGUCGGCGACGCAGCUCGAGCAGUUUUUCGAUGGCCUGGACGUACUCCUGCUGGGUGUCAGUAUCCUGUCGUUUGAAAGUGUAUUGAGCAAAAUCCCCAAGCAUCUGCUGGAAAACGUCGUUAUUGUGGACGUGCUGUCUGUCAAGACGCACCCGAAGCAGAUUAUGCUUCGAGAUCUCCCGCAGAGCGCGAGUAUCUUGUGUACACACCCGAUGUUUGGCCCCGAAAGUGGUAAGUAUUCGUGGAGAGGCCUGCCAAUGAUGUAUGAGAAGGUGCGAAUCCUCUCAGGUGAACACAACCACGUGAUGGACAAUUUCCUGCGCAUUUUCGAGACAGAACAGUGCCGCAUGCUGGAAAUGACGUGCGAGUCUCACGACGAGUACGCUGCUAGCAGCCAGUUCUUGACGCACUUGACUGGACGAAUUCUCAGCGUGCAAGGUGUGAAGAACACGCCUAUCGACACUCGUGGCUUUAAAAAUCUCGUACGACUUGUGGAAGACACGUGCAAGGACAGCUUCGACCUAUUCCAGGGUCUCUACAAGUUCAACCCCAACUCCGAGCAGCAGAUUCAAAAGUUCCGUGAAUCACUAGACGAAGUCACACAGAAGCUGGGCAACAAGCCAGCCACCAAGUCUGCUAUCCACCAGGACGCCCCGAUGGCGGAGAAGUACCCGCAGAACCCGCUGCUGGGAAAGAUCGCGGCGUCCAAGACGGUGGUCAUCCACGGCAUGGCGAAGCAGCUGGAGGCCGAGGGCAAGCAGGUGUGGUCUUUGUGCGUGGGUGAGCCAGACUUCGCCCCAGCCGAGCGUGUGCUGAAGGCUGGCAUGACGGCCAUGGAGCAAGGCAAGGUGAAGUACACGGACGUGAAAGGCACAGCGGAGCUACGUACUCUGAUCGCGCAGUACCUGGAGACGUGCAAGGGUCUGAAGUACGACCCAUUGACGGAGAUCCUGGUGUCGAAUGGCGCAAAACAGACGGUGUACCAGGCUCUGUUGACGAUCACGAAGCCUGGCGAGCAGGUGCUGAUCCCAGCGCCGUACUGGGUGAGCUACCCGGAGAUGGUGAAGCUGACGGGUGGCGAGCCUGUGAUCCUGCAGACGAAGCUGUCGGAGAACUACCUGAUCGACCCGGUGGAGCUGGAGAAGGCUCUGGUGGUCAACCCGCGCAUCAAGUCGCUGAUGCUGUGCAACCCGAGCAAUCCUGCUGGCACGGUGCACUCGCCGGCCCAGCUGGAAAGCAUUGCUGCUGUAUUGCGUAAGCCUCAAUUCCGUCACAUCCUGGUGGUCGCCGAUGAGAUCUAUGAGCAGUUGGUGUACCAGGAUGAGGGUGAGGCGAAGCGCGAGCACCAGAGCUUCGCGACGCUGCCGGGUAUGUACGAGCGCACGUUGACAGUGAACGGAUUCUCGAAGUCGCACGCGAUGCCGGGUCUGCGUAUCGGGUACCUGGCUGCGCCCAAGUACUUCGUCCAGGUGUGCACGAAGCUGCAAGGCCAGCUGACGUCGUGUGCAAGCUCGGUGGGCCAGGCUGCCGCCGUGGAGGCGAUGAAGUUCGAGAUGGAGUGUGUGUCGCAGAACAAGGAGCGCAUGACGGAGACGCUGGCGAUUAUGGACGAGAAGCGCAAGUACAUCGUGAAGCGUCUGCAGGCGAUCCCCCAGUUGGAAUUCGCGUACCCGACGUCGGCGUUCUACGUGUUCCUGGACUUGGCGUCGUACUUCGAGGGCAAGCAGGGCGUGACGGCGGAUAAGAGCGAGGUGGUGAAGGACGCGGAUGGUUUCUGUGAGUACUUGCUGCGCCACUACCACGUGGCUCUGGUUCCCGGUUCAGCGUUCGGCGUGAAGAACGGUCUUCGCAUCUCGUACGCUAGUUCGAUGGAGACGAUCAAGCAGGCACUCGAUGGACUAGUGCAAUCGCUAGGCGAUUUGACGUUUGAAUAGGUUGGUUGUUGAUCUAACGACAAUUUUCAUCCCAAAAAAAAAAUAUCACACUAAAAAAAAAACGUCCA